AUGGAUACAAGGAAAUUGACGGAAAUAUUGCGAGCUACGAUCGACCCUAAUCAAAGGCAGCAAGCUGAAGAACAACUUUCGCAGAUACACAAAAUAAUUGGAUUUGCUCCAUCAUUGCUUCAAGUUGUUAUGCUCAAUGAUGUUCAAAUUCCGAUUCUUAAAUGCUUCUUUGGCCUGAUUAAGUAUAUUCUACCCCUGGAUUUGAUAACUAAAGAGGUAUUCACUAAAUGGAUGGAAGUUUUAAGAAACAUCGUUGAACAACCAGUUCCAGAGCACACCCUGCAAGUUGAUGAAGAUGAGCGCUUAGAAUUGCCAUGGUGGAAAUGUAAAAAGUGGGCAGUACAUAUAUUGUACAGAAUUUUCGAAAGAUAUGGCAGUCCAUUGAGUGCUCGUGAAGAAUACAUACACUUUGCAGAAUGGUACCUAACUACUUUCACAGGAGGAAUUCUAGAAGUUCUGCUAAAAAUAUUAGACCAAUACCGCAACAAAGUAUACAUCUCUCCUCGUGUGUUGCAGCAGAGUAUAAGUUACAUAGAUCAAUGUGUCAGCCAUGCACAUUCUUGGAAAUUGCUAAAGCCCCACAUGAUUACAAUUAUUCAAGAUGUCUUGUUCCCUUUGAUGUCUUAUUCGGAAGCUGAUGAGGAACUAUGGAACACAGAUCCUCAUGAAUAUAUUCGAAUUAAAUUUGAUAUAUUUGAAGAUUUUGUGUCACCUGUGACUGCUGCACAAACUUUACUAAUAUCCUGUUGUAAAAAACGCAAGGACAUGUUAGAGCGAACAAUUCAACUAGCAAUGCAAGUGUUAACUAGCCAAAAUGUUCGCUUAACUGUAAACGCCCUUCUUACUGAUACUGAGCUUCCGGUUAAAGUUGAAGCAGCUAUUGCAUUGCAAAUACUCCUUGCAAUGCAGGAGAAGGUGCAUGGUUACAUAGAACCUCAAGUGAAGGCCAUUACUACUGAAUUACUUGAGGUUAUACGUGAAACAGAAAAUGAUAACAUUGCAAAUGUUCUUCAAAAAAUUGUGCCCUUAUACACUGAACAAUUAAUGCCCAUGGCUUUUGAGAUCACUGAUCAUCUUGCUACAACAUUUAGUAAAGUUAUUGAAACGGAUGCUGGAACUGAUGAAAAAGCCAUAACUGCCAUGGGUCUUUUAAACACAAUGGAAACAGUUCUCAAUGUCAUGGAGAAUAAUCCUGAAAUCAUGGCUCAAUUGGAAAAGACAGUUCUUAGGGUUGUUGGUCAUAUUCUUCAUAGGAAUAUAAUAGAAUAUUAUGAAGAAGCAAUGACAUUACUGUGCAAUUUAACUGCAAAAACAAUAUCUGAGGACAUGUGGAAAGUCUUGGAGCUACUCUAUCAAAUAUUUGAAAAAGAAGGCUUUGAUUAUUUUGGUGAUAUGAUGCCAGUUCUUCAUAACUACAUAACUGUGGAUACAAAUGCAUUUCUUUCGAACGAAAAUCACAUACUAGCCAUGUUCAACAUGGCUAAAGCUGUUUUGAAUUCUGAUGCUGAAGAUGAAUCUGAGAUAUAUGCUGCUAAAUUACUGGAGGUUAUGGUACUUCAAUGUUCAGGCAAAAUUGAUAAUUGUCUCCCGUCAUUUGUUGAACUAGUUCUUAACAGACUGACAAGAAAAGUAAAAACCUCUGAACUUCGCACAAUGUUGCUGCAGGUAUUGAUAGCCAUUCUAUACUGCAACCCACAUCUGUUGUUCACUAUCCUCAACAAACUGCAAGAAUCUGUGCCAAAUGCUUCAAUAACUCAGCAUUUUAUCAAACAGUGGAUACAUGAUACAGAUUGUUUCAUGGGACUUCAUGAUAGAAAAUUGUGCGUCCUUGGGAUUUGCACUUUGCUUGAAAUGGGUCCACAGAGACCAAAUCUUGAUGAAGUUGUGCCAAAAAUAUUACCAUCUUGCUUGGUGCUAUUUGAUGGCCUAAAGCGCGCUUAUGAAGCAAAAGCUGAAGGAGAUGAGGAUACAUCAUCAGAAGAAGAUGAUGGUGAAGAUGAUGAAGAGGUUCUCUCCAGUGAUGAGGAUGAUAUUGAGGAAAUGAAUAAUGAAUAUUUAGAAAACCUAGCUCGGAUGGCAGUCAAACAAGGUGCCCAGCAAGGCCUAAGUAUAACUGCAAAAGUUGAAGAAUAUGACAGUGAUGAUGAUGUUGAUGAGUUUGAACCAGAUGAAACUGCUAUAGAGUGCUACACAACUCCUCUCGAUGAGAAAGACUGUCCCAUUGAUGAAUAUGUGAAGUUUAAGAACACACUUUCAGCUCUGUCAGCAAGUGAGCCGGGACUAUAUCAUGCUUUGACUAGCGUCUUAAACGAGGAACAACAAAAACAGUUGAAUGCUGUAUUCAUCUUGGCUGAUCAACGGAAGGCCCAGCAAGAUAGUAAGCGUAUUGAACAAAGUGGAGGAUAUUCAUUCACAGUUCCAGCACAAGUUCCAACCAAAUUUAAAUUUGGUUCU